CGGGCAGUGCCCCGCGGAGCCCCGGCAGCCCCUCACAGCCCCUCACAGCCGUGCUGGCAGCGCUCGGGCACGGCGGGGCCCGGCGCGGGUGCCGAGGGGCGAGUGCCGCGCCCGCCCCGUCCCGCGCACCGGAGAGCGAGGGCGUGUGGCGGGGAUGCUCCGCGGGAGCUCGGGAAGGAACGGAGGAUUGCGGCGUGGUGCCAGCUGCUCGCUCUCCUGCCCUCAUCUCUGCUCCGCACCACAGUAGUUGUUCCUCUGUUCUCGCCACUGUUCCAUCUGUGUGGCUCUGCCGAUAGCGUCCCUCUGUGCUAGGGGUUGCCUUCCUGCAGCUCCUUCCUAUCGAACCUGGGAAGGAAAAACACUGAGGAGAGCAAUAAUCCGUCUUGCCAGUGGCAUCUUUCGCAGCCUCUAUGUUCAGCAGAGGUCUCGCUUUCAUCUUUCCUUGCAAAUGUCCAACAAUUUGAGAGAGAAUAUUUAUCAAGCAGAAAUUCUUUAUUACUUUCAGUGACCAGCAGUGAAGAGAAAAUAAUAGAUCAUGUCGGAGUUCUGGCUAAUUUCUGCCCCAGGAGACAAAACAAAUCUGCAGGCGUGGGAGAGAAUGAACACUGUGACAUCUAAAUCCAACUUGUCCAGCAACAGUAAAUUCCAUAUCCCAGACUUAAAGGUGGGGACACUGGAUGCUCUUGUUGGUCUGUCAGAUGAGUUGGGAAAACUUGAUAGCUUUGCUGAAAGCGUAAUAAAGAAAAUAGCCCAGUACAUAGGAGAAGUUAUGGAGGACUCAAAAGAUAAAGUCCAGGAAAAUCUUCUGGCCAAUGGAGUUGACCUAAUUAGCUACUUGACACGGUUUGAGUGGGACAUGGCCAAAUACCCCAUAAAGCAGCCACUGAAGAAUAUAUCAGAAGCAUUAGCAAAGCAAGUGACUCAAAUAGAAACAGACCUGAAGACCCGAUCAGCUGCGUACAACAACAUUAAAGGAAAUUUGCAAAACCUGGAGAAAAAAACUAUGGGAAAUCUGCUGACCCGGACCCUGGCAGACAUUGUGCACAAAGAAGACUUUGUUCUGAAUUCUGAGUAUCUUAUCACGCUGCUCGUCGUAGUGCCAAAGUCAAACUACAUACAGUGGCAGAAGACCUAUGAAUCACUCUCAGAUAUGGUAGUACCUCGCUCCACCAAAAUGAUUGCUGAGGAUGCAGAGGGAGGACUCUUCACUGUGACCCUAUUUAGAAAAGUGAUGGAUGACUUUAAGGCUAAAGCCAGGGAGAACAGGUUCAUGGUUCGAGAAUUUUAUUAUGAUGAGAAGGAACUGAAAUGUGAAAAGGAAGAGCUGAUGAAAUUAGCUUCUGACAAGAAACAACAAUAUGGCCCCUUACUGCGCUGGCUGAAGGUGAACUUCAGUGAAGCAUUUGUGGCUUGGAUUCAUGUGAAAGCCUUGAGAGUUUUUGUUGAAUCUGUCCUGAGGUAUGGCCUCCCUGUGAAUUUCCAAGCAAUGCUGCUGCAGCCAAACAGGAAGUCUGUGAAGCGCCUGAGAGACGUCCUGAAUGUGGUCUUCAAACACCUGGAUGAAGUUGCAGCAGCAAGUAUAAUGGAUCCUGGCAUGGACAUCCCCGGGUUACAACUGAGCAAUCAAGAAUACUAUCCUUAUGUCUAUUUCAAGAUUGACCUCAGUCUUCUUGACUGCAGUUAAAGAAUUGCUCAAGCUUCAUCUAUUAAUUUUCAAGACUGUCAUGUUACUGUAAAACAAUCUUUAGCUGCUGAAAGUCAAAUUAAAAUGCAGACACUGUAGCAGGAUGAUCUUCCUACCAUGUCUAGUAAUUUUUACAGUGACUACAAUAAAAGUUAUCUCUCAUUCAUAGUUUUACAAAAACAUAUUUCAGAGGCAGAGGUACUAUGGUAGUAUUUAUUUUUUUGGUCAAUUACAAAGAUGGAAUAUCUACUGGACUUGAAAUAAAACAAUUUAAAAGGUA